GUAGCCGCUCGAAUUCCCCGAGUUGCCCUGAUAAAGCUCAAUCCGCGAUUCCUAUCCCAUCCCACAAGUCUUUCGAAUUGUCUACACUCGGUGAUCUUGUGGAUAUGCUUCUCCCAUCGCGACAACAUGUCUUUCUUAUCGCAGCAGGCUGCCUUCUUUUGAUCACCUUCACACUAUACCGUCAUGCUCCGAUCACAUUAUCCAGAGAUCCUGUGCAAUCGGCCUCAAGCUCUCUCCCUACCACACCAGAGCACAGCGCAGGAAACUCAACUCUAGGAUUCGAAGCCAUCUUCGUCCUCUCCGCCGGGCCGUCCUGGCGAACCCGGGGCCUUCAAGCAGCCGCCAAUGUAACAGGCCUACGGCUCACGAUCCCACCCCAACCCCCAGUUCCACCCUCGCUCAUCACAGCCUUCCAGACCCUGGGGGACGACACACAGGAAACAACCCAGCACCCCACACGCGGCGCCAGCGCCGCCUGGCUCGCACACCUAGACCUAAUCAAGCACAUCCACCAAUCCGCGGUGGACACAGCACUAGUCCUCGAAGACGACGUCGACUGGGACGUAUCACUCCGCACACAAACCCCGCGCAUCGCCACUGCCAUCCGCAACCUCACGCACACUCCACCCACCGCCUACAUCACCGCACCCUACGGCCGAGCAUGGGACAUUCUCUGGCUCGGCCACUGCGGCGAGUACUGGGAAGACGGAAUAGAGACGGUGAUUUUCGACGACCCCGCCGUGUGUCCGCACAAGCACUACUCCGGCUGGGCCAAACAGUAUGUGUCGCGGCUGCCGGACGGCCGGCGCGCCGUAUACCGCUCGUAUAACCCCGUGUGCUCGUUUGCGUAUGCGCUGUCGCGCGCGGGGGCGCGUAAGGUGCUUGAGCUGGUCGGGGCCGGCGGCGACGAGGCGUUCGAUGUGGCGGUUAUGCAUCAUUGUCGUGCGGGAAGGCUCGUGUGCUUCUCGGUUGUGCCUGAGGUCGUGCAUCAGUAUUUUCCGGCGGAGCGGUUCGGGGUUAAGAGUUUGGUGGAUGUCGGAAAUGGGGAGGCGGCUGGGGAGGAGGAGGCGGUGUUUGAGGGGGUAAUGGGGUCCACGGAGAAUAUUUUGGAAAGUGCCCGGUGUCGCGCUUUGUGGGGGCGGACGUGUUUGAGGAUGUGAAGUUAUUCGGGGAUGGGUUGUGAAGUGAAAUGUGUUAAUUGACACAGGUAAACACCUUGGAGAUAUAUAUUACUAGCGUUGACAAG